AUGGCAAACAGUGCCUCUCUUGAACAGAAUCAAAAUCAUUGUUCAUCAGUCAACAACAGUAUGCCCCUGAUGCAGGGCAACCUCCCCACCCUGACCUUAUCUGGAAAGAUUCGAGUGACGGUAACGUUCUUCCUUUUUCUACUGUCCACAACCUUUAAUGCUUCUUUCUUGUUGAAACUUCAGAAGUGGACCCAGAAGAAAGAGAAAGGGAAAAAGCUCUCAAGAAUGAAGUUGCUUUUAAAACAUCUUACUUUAGCCAACCUGUUGGAGACGCUGAUUGUCAUGCCACUAGAUGGAAUGUGGAACAUUACAGUACAAUGGUAUGCUGGAGAGUUCCUCUGCAAAUUUCUCAGCUAUCUGAAGCUUUUUUCCAUGUACGCCCCAGCCUUCAUGAUGGUGGUGAUCAGCCUAGACCGCUCCCUGGCCAUUACGAGGCCCCUAGACAUGAAAAGGAACAGCAAACUUGGACAGUCCAUGAUUUGCCUGGCCUGGAUCCUUAGUAGCAUCUUUGCUGGACCACAGUUAUACCUCUUCAGGAUGAUCCAUCUAGCAGAUGGCUCUGGACGGACAGAAGUUUUCUCUCAAUGUGUAACACACUGCAGUUUUCCACAAUGGUGGCAUCAAGCCUUUUACAAUUUUUUCACCUUCAGCUGCCUCUUCAUCGUCCCUCUCCUCAUAAUGCUGAUCUGUAACACAAAAAUCAUCUUCACCCUGACACGCGUUCUUCAUCAGGAUCCCCACAAACUACAACUGAAUCAAUCCAAGAACAACAUACCGAAAGCACGGCUGAGAACCCUAAAGAUGACGGUUGCAUUUGCCACUUCAUUUACUGUCUGCUGGACUCCCUACUAUGUCCUAGGAAUUUGGUAUUGGUUUGAUCCUCAAAUGUUAAACAGGGUGUCAGACCCAGUAAAUCACUUCUUCUUUCUCUUUGCUUUUUUAAACCCAUGCUUUGAUCCACUUAUAUAUGGAUAUUUUUCUCUGUAA